CAUGGAAACAACAAGUGAAAGCCAGUCUGGAACCUCCAAAGAGUUCCUUUCAUUGAAUAGCAAAGAGAAUAAAGAAAUUGACCAAGAGAUGAACAAAUUGCACAGAACUCAUAUAUCAAAAAUGGAAGAAAUCGCCAAAUUUUAUGAGGGAAUUGAGAAGCCUAAAUAAGUCGCAUCUCACCAAAUUUGAUAUCGCACAGUAUAUAGAUUUAGAACAUCCAGCCGAGAUAAAGCUGGUUUAUUACAUAUUUUCUCAAUAUUACAUCAAGUUCGCCAGGUUUAGUCUCACCGAAGAAGAGAUUAAGAAAUUUAUCCACAAAUUAAUCAAGAAUGGGCUUUAUUCUUAUACAAACAUGAGAAAAGCUCUGUUUUUGCUCAAAAGCAUCUACUUCUACACUGGGAAGAAGCUCAAAAGUACCCAAGAUUACUUGGUAUCAGCUGUAAUAGAGGAGAUUAAACCUAGAUCAUGAGAAGAACUUAGAGGAUUGCUGAUAUUUAUUACAGCAUUAACAUUAGAGAUGAACUUUAGAGAGCAUUCUGAACAUUUGACUCAAUUCAAAGAGGCAGUUAAGACCAUUAAAGAGUACCCUUCUUACAUUAUUAACUACUACCAAGGACAGUGCAUUAAUUCAAUAGCAAGAGCAAUUUCAGGGGGAUCAACAGCAUCUCUUGCUGUUAACCCAAUGAUCACUUUUUCUAUGAUUGAGAAUCUUGCCACAACAGGAAGCGAAGAUGAAUUUCAUGAUAGAUACUACCGAUUCUUGGCUAAUGAGAAGCACUUGGAAUAUGAAUCUGACUUCAAUUGAGAGCCUCUUUUUUUAUUAACCAACUCUUCAAGAUCAUCAGGUAGCCUAAUGGAUUUCAAAGGUUCUUACAACUAUGAAUUUUAUCAGGACUUCUUAAAAUUAGAGAAAUGGAUAGAGAAGGCUAAUGUUUUGGACAAGAUUACCUUCUCUUUGAUUUCAGAAGACAACAUUGAAGUAAAAGAUUUAGAGUACAUUUGCAAGAUCCUGAGUCUCUGUUUACAUACUUCUAACUUAAAACUGCUGUACAAGACUCUUAAGCUAGUUUUAUCCUUCAUGAUUAAAUUUGAGGCUGAAUUUAAGCCAUUUUUAUUUCAAAUGUGUGAGCAAAUAUCCAAAGCUAUGAUAUAUGUAAAUCCCCAAAUUCAAAAGCUGGUAGAACAGGUAUUAUUCAUAAUGGGAGAGAAAGUGUUCAACCAGCCAGAGUACAUAUGAUUUUUGAUUCUAGCAAUUCAGAGGACUAAUAACUCCAGAGUAUUGACCUCUCUGGGACAUAAAAUCAUUCAUAAUUCCAUAAAUCAUCCCUUGAAGAUCAGUUAUUAUAGUGAAAUUCUUGGCUUCUUUACGGUUCUGAAGAAAUUUAUCAAUACAAAAGACUACAAAGUGAAAGAAACGGGAGCUAUGAUUAUCAUACAGCUUAUCCAGGGUGAUAAUGAUGCAGAGGACAGAGAGUGUGAAGAAGAGGAAGAGCUACAGCUCGAAGAUAUUCCUGAAGCAAAAGAGAUUUAUAAUUAUUACAUGGAUUUUUCAAAUACUGCUAAGCUAGAUGUUUAUGAUGAGAAACUGAAUAAGAUAAUAGAGUCACUUCCAGAUGAAGAAGAGAAACUUGGAGAACUCUCAAGAAAAACAGUCAACAUAGAGGAAGAAUUUGAAGUAGUUGAGGAGGAUCAGCCAGUCCAAGACCCAACUGAGGAUGAAGAAAAGAAUUCUUCCGAAGAUGAGGAGUAUGACCUUUGUGAUGAAUUCUGCUAAAUCCUUUAAAAUGCUCAUUAAAGAUUCCUUCAAGGC